GAAAACUUAACUUACCUGCUUUUGUUCGUAUUAGUUUGCUUCGUUUGCUCGUUGAUUCCUAAACAGGUGUGUCCAGUCAUGUGACUGGAAUGUUUAAUUACUGCUGUUGACACUAAUGAAUGUCCGCCGAUGUCAUAAAAGUUGUUUCUGUCAAUGUUUGUUUAGUGUUUACUUUUAGAUUAAAUGGUAAAAUAUUUAUAAUAACGUGAUGGAUAUCAAGUGCAUCAUUUUCGCAACCGUAGUGCUUUGUAUAUCGUUAAUUAAUUCCGUGGAUGCUAUCAAAUGUUGGGACUGCAGAUCGGACGCAGAUCCAAAAUGCUCCGAUCCGUUCGAUAAUUCCACAUUCGCUAUAACCGAUUGUCAACAACAAAGAUUGGAAUUUAUCCCUGAUGCAAAGUCAACUAUGUGCAGAAAAAUUAGACAAAAAGUCCAUGGUGUUUGGAAGUAUAUUAGAAGUUGCGCCUUUUUGGGGGAACCAGGGAUAGAAGGAGAUGAAAGGUUUUGUUUAAUGAGAACAGGGACUUACAAUAUUUUUAUGGAAUAUUGUACCUGUAACAGCAAAGAUGGAUGUAACAGUUCAAGUUCUUUAAAAGGCCUUCCAGUAAUUGUUAGUUUAGCCUCACUCUUCAGUAUUUUGAUGGUCCAGAUUUUUAGAUGAAAAAAAAACUCAUAUUUCAUUUUAUUUUUGUUUUCGUAGUUCAUCAAUAUCCAAUGAUUUUGGCUGUACAACGAUAUUUGUACAAAAAGAAUCUCAUAUUUUCAUCAAUAUUAAAAACCAAAAAAAAAAAAACAAGAAA